CCGCCCGUAGGGCGGGCCGACCCUAGUUAUUAUUAUUCUUAGGUUCGUUAAGAGUUAAAAUAUUUUUUCGAAAUUAUUUAGUUAAAUUUUUGAAACUUUCUUUCAGUAAUAAAUCGAACAAAAUCAGUUUACAUAUGUUCUGUAUGGCCGUUUUCUUUCCAACAAAUUAAGAAAAUUAAAAAACUGAAAACGAACAGAUGAGACACUCUGUCAAAGCUUGUCAGAAAAAUGGCAAACUACUAACCGAAUAAUGAAUCUCUCCAAAGUAAAAAAGGAAAAACCUGAGACAGAACAGAGAGAUCGAGGAAUGAGAGACACGAAGACGACUAAGAGAGAAUGUCGUCUUCGUUGUUUCGUCAAAUUUUUCUCUGCAUCUCCUCUCUCGUCCUUCUCUGCUCCGGCGAUGUUCCCUCCGCCGCAGGAGCUCCCUCUACACGUGCGAUGAUGCGAGAAAGACGGAACAAGCUGCAAACGAUGGAGUUUUUAAACGCGCACAACACAGCGCGGGUAGCUUCAGGCGCGUCGCAUCUCAGAUGGGAUCAAGGCCUGGCCCGUUUCGCAAACGAUUGGGCCAAACAACGCAAAUCGGAUUGCAAAAUGACCCAUUCGGGUGGGCCCCACGGGGAGAAUAUAUUCUGGUACCAAAGGAGUGUGAACUGGACGCCGAAGAGAGUGGUUGCGACGUGGGUGGAUGAAAGCUUGCACUACGAUCGGACGACUAACUCGUGCGGAGCUGGUAAGAUGUGCGGUCACUAUACGCAGAUCAUUUGGCGCACAACCACAGCCGUUGGAUGCGCACGUGUCAAGUGUGACAACGAGCUUGGAUUCCUAGUGGUUUGCGAGUAUUCACCUGGUGGAAAUUACGAUGGCGAAAGUCCAUUUGAUUCGCCUAAAUGAUAUUAUAAUCAUACAACUUCAAUGUUGUUUUUCUCUAAUUGUUCUCUCAAAUUCAAAUGAAACAAUUUUUCUUCCACAAUGUUUUUAGCUAAUGUUCUACUUCAACCAAUGUAUUGUACUAACGUGGAUCGUGUUUUUAAUGGGCUUGUUAUUGGGCUUGGGCUUGAAUCAUGGUCUGGUAAAAAUUAUUAUAAGGCUUUUCU